UCCAGGCUGCUAGGGGUGUAUUGUCUCUAUAGGAAGAGAUGGGAGUGCGUUAUCAGUGAACAGUCACAGAGUUAACACAUUUUUGGAUGAGGGGUUCCUCGUAAUAUUUACUACAACGCUAGCCACACUAUAUGUUCCUACAAUGGGCGUUCUAGGUGUUUAUCUAACUAAAUGAGUUUCAACGGCACUUCAUACCCGGUAGCCGAGAAGGAUAGUCUGUGUCGGACAGUAGUGAGAGGAGUCGAGCUCCCUCUCUCGGUGUGGUGUGACCGCUUGGAGAGAAUACGGCAAGGCGGUUAGCCCCGGCUGCUUAUUUGGAGCAAUAGGAGGGAACGCGAGAGUGCCUAACGCAUUGUCUCCCUGUUUCUCUGAAGUGAUAUAAUUUACUACAACAGGAGCACCGGAUUUCAAACCAGGUGGGCAGAAUGUUCCAGCUCCCGGUCAACAACCUGGGCAGCUUACGGAAAGCCAGGAGAAAUGUCAAGCGGGUUCUGGGAGACAUUGGCCUGGAGUUUUGUAAAGACCACAUUGAGGACUACAAAGACUAUGUCCCUGAUAAUAAUGAGUUCUACAUCAAGCACACCACCUGGGAUGAUGUAUGUGUGUGGGAUCCUUCACUGACCAAAGCCCAGGACUACAGAUCAAAGCCUUUCUGCUGUUCCGGCUGCCCCUUUUCCUCCAAAUUUUUCUCAGCAUACAAGAGCCACUUCCGCAAUGUCCACAGUGAGGACUUUGAGAGUCGAAUUCUGCUCAACUGCCCCUACUGCACCUACAAUGGGAACAAGAAGACUCUGGAGACGCACAUCAAGCUGUUCCACAUGCCCAACAACGUGAUUCACCAGGGCCCCGGGGGCAUGCAGGGGGCAGUGGGUGGGAUGAAGGACAGCAUGCAGCUGGGCAAGAGGCCUGGAGAGAACAUCGAGCAGGCGGUGUACUACUGCAAGAAGUGUACCUACAGGGACCCGCUUUACAACGUGGUGCGCAAGCAUAUCUACCGAGAACACUUUCAGCAUGUGGCCAAGCCCUACCUGGUUAAGCUUGAGGAAAAGACCAUGCCCAACGGUGCCGCAGCAGGUACCACCACGGGCACAGGGAACACAGACCGCAGCAGCAAUACUAAUACCAAUGCUAACGCCAACAGCAACACCAUCCACUGCAAGCGCUGCCUCUUUUUGCCACGCACCUAUGAGGCACUGGUGCAGCAUGUUAUUGAGGACCACGAGCGAAUCGGUUACCAGGUGACCGCCAUGAUUGGUCACACAAACGUGGUGGUACCUCGCGCCAAACCUGUCAUUGUGGUAUCCCCGAAGACGGGAGAGAAGACUGUCAUCGGGGUAGGACCUAAAGGUCAGCUAGUGACCACCACAGUGGGGGGAGUCCGCUCCGUUUCUACCCAGAACCUCAGCAGGAUCGUCAUCCCUAAGUCAGGCCUGAGUUCAACGGGACUCCUGUCUGGGGUUCACCUGAAGCAAGGGGCGUUUGGGUUAAAAAGUGGGACUACCCAAUCCUUCUCUAUAGGCGGGCAGCAGGUGAGAAUCACUCUGCCUGGCAACGCAAAGGUGUCUGUGCCCCAGCACUCUCAAGCAGCCAAACAGAACCUCACUGGUGGUUUGCGGAGCCCCAUAGUGGUGAGUUCCUCCUCGUCUACGCUCAACUCCCGGGUCCAGGCGGCUGCCGCCACGGUGGCCUCGGUCACGGCAAAGGGGAAGGGGGGUAGCUCUGUCCUGGGCACGUCGUACACACAGAAGUGGAAAAUCUGCACCAUUUGCAACGAGCUCUUCCCUGAGAAUGUGUACAGCUCGCACUUUGAGAAGGAGCACAAGGCGGAGAAAGUACCUGCCGUGGCCAACUACAUCAUGAAGAUCCACAACUUCACCAGCAAGUGUCUGUACUGCAACCGCUACCUGCCCAGUGACACACUCCUCAACCACAUGCUGAUCCAUGGCCUGUCCUGCCCGCACUGCCGUGCCACCUUCAACGACGUGGAGAAGAUGGUUUCGCACAUGCGUCAGUCCCACCCGGACGAGACGGUGGGGCCACGCACCGAUUCCCCUCUGACUUUCGACCUCACUCUGCAGCAGGGCAACCCCAAGAAUGUCCAGCUGAUUGUCACCACCUACAACAUGAGAGACGCACCACAGGAGUCCAUGGCCCUCCAUGCCCAGAGUGCCUCGUCGUCCACACAGACGGGCAAGAGGACCGUGCCCAGCCAACCCCCAAAGAUGCCCUCUGAUUCAGAAGACGGCUCGCCUGCCAAGAGUGCACCUCAGGCGGCCGUACCGUACAAGAAAGACGUGGGCAAGACUCUGUGCCCGCUGUGCUUCUCCAUCCUCAAGGGCCCCAUCUCUGAUGCACUGGCACACCAUCUGAGAGAGAGGCAUCAGGUUAUCCAAACCGUGCACCCGGUGGAGAAAAAACUAACCUACAAAUGUAUCCACUGCUUGGGUGUGUACACAAGCAACAUGACAGCCUCCACCAUCACACUGCACCUGGUGCACUGCCGUGGUGUGGGAAAGACCCAGAACGGGCAGGACAGCAGGCCUGCACCCUCUCCCAGGGUCUCCCAGGCUCAGGGCACUAGCCUCAAACGGGCCGGCUUCGAAAACUGUGACCCAAACGACCCAAAGCGGCGUAAGCUGCCGCCUGGAGAGCCAGAGAGCCCCGCCGCUUUUGUAGAGAAUCCAGAUGACCCUGUCAACCUGGUCCUUGACCCCAAAGGUCACGAGGAUGAGUCGUACGAGGCGCGGAAAGCCUUCCUUUCGCAGUACUUCAACCGCGAGCCCUACCCAACGCGUAGGGAGGUGGAAAAACUAGCCGCAAGUCUGUGGUUGUGGAAGUCUGAUAUCUCCAGCCACUUCACCAACCGCAGGAGGAAAUGCACGCGGGACUGUGAGACCCAGAAGGCUGAGGUGCUGCUGGGCUUCAACAUGCAGGACAUCAGCCAGCUCAGCCACGAACUGACCUUUGACUCUGAGUGCUUGUUUGAGGGCAAAGGAGACCGUGGAGAGACGGUGGAGAGGCGGACGUCUAGGACGUGCAUCGGGCGGUCUGAGCAGGCCAUUCAGCGCAUGGAGGAGAGGGCUGUGGCUAACGGUGGUGCUACUCUCCAGCAGGGUAUUUCAACAGGGUCUAGCAGUGAGGCCAGGGCCACAACCCAGCCCAACUGUGGGGCCAAGAGCGACCAAAACAAGACAAUCGGAAGCACCUUAAAACAGAGGGGGCCUCAGUAUCUCUCAGAACCCAUCGCUAUUGACUCAGAUAGCGAUGAGGAUGAAAUGGAUGAUGGUGAGGAGGAGGAGAAGGAAGGUGAUGAAACUGGAGCAGUAGAAGUGAAUUCCAUGGGUAAUGACAGGCUGGCUGCAGGGAGAGAGGGAGAGGUGGUAGGGACAGGGGCCCACUCCAGCCCAGACCUAGAGGACAUGGAAGAGGAGAAGGAGGAUGAUGAAACGGGAGCAGUAGAAGUGAAUUCCAUGGGUAAUGACAGGCUGGCUGCUGGGAGAGAGGGAGAGGUGGUAGGGACAGGGGCCCAUUCCAGCCCAGACCUAGAGGACAUGGAGGAGGAAGAAGAGGGUCAUGUAGAGAAUGGAUAUGGCUCAACGCUGCUGGAAAGGCAGGCUAAAGGGAAGGAAGCUGUUGCCAAACUGGGUCAAUCGGGAAGUGGAAAAACUAGGGCCCAACUCGGCAAGCAUCAGGUCUGACCAAUUGACACAAACAAAUGACACGGCGCACACAGAGACGUUUCAUUUGAUCCAUGCCAACAACUCUGCCUCACCAGAACUUUAGAGCUAGAAAUGGUCAAUGGUGUCAUGAAGGAGACGAGGUGAGAAGGAGAGUCUCUUUCCUUUUCACUUCCACAAGCCAUCCAAUGAUGUUUAAACAAGUCAUGUCAAAGGCCAAUUAAAGCUGCUCUGCAGUCCUAAAGUAGCUAUGAGUGAUGUAAGAUUUGUGAACAAAGUUUAUACUUUACCUCCAGGGAGUAAGAGAACCCUGAAAUGAUUUGCCUUCUAUUUACUUUACUAGAAAAUUCAGAUGAGUACUUAUUCUUGUCCAUUUGGCGACGAGUUUCACUGUGGCAAAAAACUUGAGUUAUUACGAUUUACUAGCUUUUAAGAGAAACUAGAGAAUCCCACAUUUUUCGUUGCAGGUAUGCAGGAAUAGCUAGUGUAUAUUUGUACAGUCUUUUAGAUCUGUUUGGAGAGAAGUUGCUAUAGAUGUACUCAUGAAAUAUUUUCUUUUCUUUCUGUGUACAAGCUAGCUGUGUAUGUUCUACAUUGGUUCGCUAGAUGUUGCUUUGGUGACUGGUAUUUUCUGUAUGUUUUGUUAUUUUUAUUUUUUUAACAAAACCAUAGCGUUUUUGCUAAAUAAUAUAUCUAUAUAUAUAUAUAUAUAAAUGCAAAUUUUAAAUGAACUUAAUGGAUUGCUUUUGUUUUUUUCAUUGUUUGUUUACUAUGAUUGAUUAUACUUUUUUUAAUUUGCAGUAAUAACUGGUUCUAUUGAAAGAGUUCCUCAUAUCCUUCUCCCCGUUAGUGAAAGUGAAGGGCCAUUUCGACUGAUCUCUGUAGCUUUGUAGUCUAGACUGUACUUUCUUCUCUUCACUCACCUAUUCCUUAUUUUACCACCGAGAAUAGACGUUUGCUGUCGCCUUUGAAACAGAGAGCAUUCGCUAUUAUUAUGACGUUUCUGUGUGUUUGUUUUAAUUUGUGAUCUUCAAUUUUAUUUGUUUUUGUUUUUAACUUGAGCAUCUAUGAACAAUAAAGUGUUGCAUUGUGCUUCUCCUA